GGGGAGGGGUGAGGCGGCUGGCGGAGGGGAGUGCGGCUGCGGCGGUCGCUCCGGCGGCGGCUCUGUGCUGUGUGCGGUUGAGCGACUGGGCCACCGAGCCCCAGCUGUGUGUCCGUGUGUCUGCGCUGCCCGUCCCGUGCCACAGCACCACCGCUGCCGCCGCCCCUGCCGCCGAUAGCGGAUGCCGGAGCGGCGCCGCCGGCGCGCUCGCCGCUCGCCAUGGGUCUGUGUUGCGGCCGCAGCUGUGCAGAGUGCUGCCGGACGGAGCGCCAGCGACCGCUCGAGUACACGGGGGCGGCCGUGCUGGCUACGGCCACGGCGCCGGCCACCACCGACCAACACGGCAGGACCAUGCUGGCGAUGCCGUACCACGAGUGUCUGCCGUGGAAGCUGUCCAGCCUCAAAUGCAUCACGGUUCGGGGACGGGUGCCGGAGCGACCGUUCAGAUGGAAGGUGGAGCUGCUGAACGGAGGCAUCGGAGACGACAUCGCGCUGCACGUGGACGCUCGACAUGACCUCGGUCAUGUGGUGCGCAACUCGCGACUGUCGGGUGCCUGGGGCACGGAGGAGAUCUGUGGCCAGCCAGCCAUGCCGUUCACACCCGGCCGGCCGUUCGAACUCACCAUCUUCUGCGUCGACGAAACGUACCGGCUGGCGGUGGACGGGCGCCACUUUGCCACGUUCCGGGCUCGCUCGCCGCCCUCCCGCGCCAGCACGCUGCACUGCACGGGCACCAUGGAGCUAGAGGCGGUCGGGUACGCCGACGACGUGCGUGUGUACCCGCCGCGGCCGGCGCCGGCGCUCGCCCUGGCCGCGGACGGCGGCGGCUACCUGCAGACUCAGCCGGAGUUCCCGUGCCGACUGCCGGAGCCGAUCCAGGACGGCGGCGAGAUUCGGCUCACCGGACGCGUCAAGAUGCUGCCCUUCUCGUUUUUCGUGGACCUGCGUCACGGCAGUCAGCUGUAUCCGGAGCCGGAGGUGAUUCUCCACUUCAACCCCCGGUUCCAGGUGAACAACAACUUCGACAUCAUGGUGCUGAACACGAAGGCUGCCGGCUGGGGUCGCGAGCAGCGGCCGGAGGGGUUCCCGUUCCGUGCGGGGCGUCCGUUCCAGCUCAGGUUCGUGUGCCGGCCCGGCUCCUGGGAGGUGCUCGUCGACGGCGCUCUCCUCGUCAAGUACCCGCACCGGCUCUCCAAGGCUUCCCUGGACGCCAUCGACGUGCGAGGAGAUGUCGUCAUCGAGUCGGUGUUCUUCCAGCCCAACUCGAAGGAUCUCAUCCAGUUCUAGGCACGCUGUGGGCGCCGGGAGACCUGGCCGGCCCAUCUACUGGCAGCCUGAGGUCGGCGAGGCUUGACAGAUACCGGUAGCUUGAAGUCCCUAUACGUAAUUCACAAAGAGCAGCCGGUGAUAGGGUUCAAAGAGCCGCUAAGACACUCCAUAUUGAUGUUUCCCUUCUUCUUGCGCUGUUAGAAUCCCAUGACAAUCACCAGCAGUCCUUCAACCGGCAGUAUCGCUCUUAUUGGAGCGAAAAAGGCAAUAACAGGUGCCAGUUGUAAUUAGCGCCAUUUCUAAGCAUUCCUUUGGAACCGAAUUAUAUUUAUUAUACGAAGUUAGGAAGCUGUAGUACGAUGUAAUCACUGUGUAACGAGUUGAUUAUCGGCUUGAGCGGCGUGACAUGGUGCUCGAGAGGCUAGGUGAUAUACGCUUAAUCGGUGGCACUGAUAGGGCAGCACAGACGAACAGACACCCACGCCUGUCGGUGCCGCUGCCAGCCUUGGACAUGCCUGUAUGGUGCCGGAUUCAUUAAUCGUGGAGCACUUAAUUACUGUGUAAUCGACUUAAUAUUGUUUUACCCCGGGGAUUAUUACGGUUUUACUGCUGACUAUGUGUUCAUAGAGGCUGAGCGCGCUGUGUCCCCGCGGUACGUCCGAGCCAUGGUGCCUGCUCCAGUGUCCCGUGCCUUGGUCCGGCGCUGUCCGACGGUACCCGCAGAGAAGCAAUAAGGCGCCAUGUGCGUGUCGGUGGUUACCGGGGUGUGUAAGCGGCGAGGAAAGCCGCGGAGGUCGUGUAUUGUGAACCUCGCUCGUUGUUUGGGAAACAGGUGUGCGUGCACGCGCGUCUGUGUGUGUGUGUGUGGGGGGGGGGGGGGGUCACGGACAGACUACCCCGGGUGCUGCCUCUCAAUCAAACGUAGACCUGUAUCUGUGCGUAGCUGGCAUGCAGCGCUGUGGUCGUUCGACGUCCGUCCGACUGAUGGCCUCACUGAGACGGCUACCCUCGCCUCGCGUGGCCGACACAUAGCCCACGUGCCUGGCGUUAGCGCAGCUCAGAUGGCCUUAACACGAAUAAAGACAGAGGCGGACGGGUCCUUAGAUGUCCUGCGACAACUCGCAGUGUUCCGGCAUCAGUCUGUAACAGUGGGCACGUAUUGACAUGGUUGCACUGCGGCAUUGGGUUCUGGGACGGCUGUUUAUAAAUAUAUACGGUAACCUACAUUUUAA